AUGGGCUGGUGGUGGAAUUCUUCCCCCAAGGAAGGCGACUCUCAGGCCUCUCCCUCCUCCGGCUCCUCUGGGUCCCAACCAUCACCAGAGAUCAGUUCCUCGACACCACCACAAACACAAACACCAACACCACCACUACCGCCAUCAUCAUCACCACAACCACAGCCCCGGACAUUAAGCCGUGAGGAACAGGCAGACGCAGAAUGGAACAAGCUGGUAGCAAGCCUAGAAAGCGACGUCAAUGGCCAACGGCACCAACAAUCGCCGUCCGCGACUGAUCCCUCAUCUCCCGAACCGCACGCAUCUCCGUCGUCCAUUGCCGACGAUUCCCUGUACCCCGAUACCAUGUCCUGUCGCUCCGCGUUCGACUACGCAUUCUUCUGUCAGUCAUUUGGCGGCCAAUUCGUCAACGUAUACCGCUACGGCGAGCUGCGGUCCUGCAGCGAGCACUGGGACAACUUUUGGACAUGCAUGAAGACUCGUAAUUUCGGGGACCAGCAGCGCAAAAAUGCCAUCCGGGACCACUAUCGGAAAAAGGCAGUCAAGUACAAGACCGGUCCCAGCAGUGAGGAUGUCUGGGAUGCGCGUACGGAGCGAGUUCAGAACGCCUUCUGCGGCGAUUUCGUCGCCCUGGAAAAGCAGAUGCAGGCUGAG